GCGGAGCAGGACAGGCCCAGUCCCCAGCAGUGGCCUCCAGUGUCUCUUCCUCUCCCUGGGAAAGGUGGUACAGAAGUGACCAAAAUGGCCUGGUGGAAAGCUUGGGUUGAACAAGAGGGCGUCACAGUGAAGGGCAGCUCCCACUUCAACCCAGACCCAGACGCCGAGACCCUCUACAAAGCCAUGAAGGGAAUUGGAACCAACGAGCAGGCCAUCAUCGACGUGCUCACCAAGAGGAGCAACGCCCAGCGGCAGCAGAUUGCCAAGUCCUUCAAGGCUCAGUUCGGCAAGGAUCUCAUCGAAUCAUUGAAGUCAGAGCUGAGUGGCAAGUUUGAGAGACUCAUCAUGGCCCUCAUGUACCCGCCCUACAGGUACGAGGCCAAGGAGCUGUACGAUGCCAUGAAGGGAUUAGGGACUAAAGAAGGGGUCAUCAUUGAGAUCCUGGCCUCUCGGACCAAAUGCCAGCUGCAAGAAAUAAUGAAGGCCUACAAGGAGGACUACGAGUCCAGCCUAGAGGAAGACAUCAAAGCAGACACGAGCGGCUACCUAGAGUGGAUCCUCGUCUGCCUGCUGCAGGGCAGCAGGGAUGAUGUGAGGGGCUAUGUGGACGCAGGACUGGCCCUGCAAGAAGCACAGGAUCUGUAUGCAGCAGGUGAGAAGAUCAGCGGGACCGAUGAGAUGAAAUUCAUCACCAUCCUGUGCACACGCAGUGCCCCUCAUCUCAUGAGAGUGUUCGAAGAAUAUGAGAAAAUCACCAACAAGAGCUUUUAGGAGAGCAUCAAGAGUGAGACCCACGGCUCGCUGGAGGAGGCCAUGCUCACCGUGGUGAAGUGCACCCAGAACCUGCACAGCUACUUUGCAGAGAGACUGUACUGUGCCAUGAAGGGAGCAGGGACAUCUGAUGGGACACUCAUAAGGAUCAUCGUCUCAAGGUGUGAGGUUGACUUAAAUCUUAUCAAGAAUCAGUUCACUAAGAUGUAUGGCAAGACCCUCAGCAGCAUGAUCAUGGAUGACACCAGCAGUGACUACAAGAAUGCCCUGCUGAACCUGGUGGGCAGUGACCCAUGAAGUCAAUGAAGAAUGAGAGCCAAGGCCAAGAAGCAGGGGCCUUUGGCCCUGCCUCAUGACCUUGGCCUUGGGUAGAACCUGGGGGAUCUCAG